AAGGGAAAGUUCACACCUUUCUUUAAAAAGGAAAAAAAAGAGGCAAAUAUAGGAUUAUAUUACGAACUGGGAAAUUCUCAAUAAGAAAAAAAAGGGUUGCUCCUAAAGAAAUUUGUUUUCAUCAAUGGAGCCUAGAGGUGCUUGCAGAUCAAACAGGUCUUCAUUUGAGAAAUGGGUGGCAAUUGUAUUGACCUUUCUAGCCGUGGUUUCACCUCUCUAUGUCAACCAAAAGCCAACAGAACUGGAGCUUGAAGAGCAAUCCAUGGACUUCACCUCAUGGUUAUGUCUCCUGUUUGUGCUACUGCUCUUAGCCUUUGCUUUCUGGCUUUACCUGAACCAGAGCUUUACUAGGUUUGACCGUCAUUGGAUUAGGCCGAGCAGGUAUUCGUCAUAUGAAAGACUGGUUGCAAUAGGCUUGAUAGUCUUAGGUGGUCUUUCUCCUCUUUAUAUCAACAAGGGCACGAGUGAGUUCGAACCUGACGAGCAGCCCAUCAACUUUGCUUCGUGGUUGCCUCUUCUGCUAUUGAUAUUAACCUUGGCCAUCGUUACAUUGCUUUUCUGUGAUAGAAGCUUUACGAAGUUCGAUCCUAACUGGAUUCACAGAGUUGGUGGUUCUUCUGCUGGGAUCUUACUGGUUCUUUUGGUUCUUGCUGUCGUUUUGAAGUGUAAGAAUACCGGUUGAAGUUGAAUUUCUAACAACAGGAAGUGAUUCAUUAAAGAACAUAAGUCAUGAAACUUCUGUUCCUGUCAAUGUCGUUUCAUAGUUGCGGGUAUUAGACCAUGUCAUUGUAAGAAGCAAGAAUGUACAGUUUACUGUUAAACUGGUGUUUUAUCCAGUUGUGUAUGGUUUCCAUAAUCUCUGUAACAGGGCUUUGCACCACAAAGCCAAGCUCUAUACUUGACCAUAUUGGACGCAUGGUGUGAAUGUAGUUCAAGUGUUCAACAAUGUCACCUGCUCACGUAUGCAUAAAAUGUAGAUUCAAGAUAAAUUUCAUGAAGCACCACAAAAACAACAUCGAAUGGGGGCCUACCAGGGUGCCAAGCAUAACAACAUACACCAUUCCAAGCGGGAAAGAGAAAAGCCAACGCCUCUUUAAAUCGUGGUGUAUGAUGGUUCACAAGUCAAUGAUGAACAACAUGUACCAUUCCAAGUGAAAAAAAAAAAGUAAUUGUCAUUCCAAGUAGGUUCACUCAAUUUGAAGGUUGACACAUGAAACUGGAGAAUUCAAUGGCACAGUGUGAAACUUGCUCAAUGUGAAAAAAGAAACAAAUCAAUAAAAUUAUAACAAUAUAUAAACCCCUCGAAAAAACUACUAGAGAGGCUGAGAUAUAUAAGGCAACGGACUGAAGCAGGCCUCAGAAUGAACAAUCCAAUGAUAAAGAGUUCGGAUACUAUAGGAUAUGAUCAUAUUCCGAAGGCAUAUCCUGCAGCAACGAAAGCUGUUACGGCGUACAGCCACAUGUGAUGAAGUCGAGAUAAAUCAUUAGCACCGCUGCAUUCAUCAUUGGCACCACUAAAGCAUC